UGGCUAUUAAAUGGCACCAGGGCUGAGGAACUUCUGUGUUGCCUUCUUUACCAACAGCAUGGCAUCAACAUCUCUUUUGCAGCGCUUUAAUAGUGUUUCAUUUUGGACUCUGUGGCCAUUGUAAUUACAACCUCUUUGAUGGAUUUUGCACCUUAGUUAUGAGGCUCUCUAACUACACCAGACAGGCACCAUGCAGUCAUGUUAUAGUAAACAAGCCGUUAACAUCAUUGUUGAACAUUGGCCUUCAGUCACCAUCAAUAUUCUGUUAAUUGAAAUAUGACAGAAGCCAAACUAGGGCUGCGUUUACACAAGCUGACCAAUUAUUUAUUUUUUUACCAAUCAGAUAAGCUCUUUUGCAAAUAAUUGGUCAAAAUAUCAGAAUAAGGCUGCCUGAGUAAACGGAGCAUAAGAACAAAGCACGUACAUUUUGGUGAUUUAUACCUCCUCGUGGCGGACAGACGGGAAGUUGGAUGCAUGUGGAAAAUGUUAGGCGCUAUAAUAUGUUGUAACUGAUUAUGAUCACUCACUUAAACCUGUACAAAAGUUUUGUAUCAGUUGAAAAAGUAUGUUUUACCAGAACAGAUAUGCUAUGUUUUACUAUAAAUUUGUAUGAUGCUCUGAUUCAAGUAGUAACAAAUCCCGCAUUGCUUCUCCACUCCUCUGAUGUUCAACGAACAUAAACAUGAUUGGUGGUGAUGAUGCGAGUGGCGGGAUAAACAACCAAUGGAGAUAACAUAGUCUUCACUCAAGCUACGCCCUCCUACGCGCUUCUCAUCUGUGAAAUAGAGCGGAUCAAAUUUAUAGUCAACACGCAGUCCGUCCGGUGGAGAAGUGGGGGCAGUCCGUUGAGUUUUUGUAUUUUUCUCCCGCGGAUUAUUGUUUUAACGUUACAUAACCGAUCCGUCUCAAAGAGGACAAAUCGGAGACGAAGAUAAAGAAAGAUGCCGCUUCUCCACAGAAAGCCGUUUGUCAGACAGAAGCCCCCAGCGGACCUCAAACCAGAUGAAGAAGUGUUUCUUUGCAAAGUCACACAUGAAAUCUUCAGGACAUACGAUGACUUCUUUGAGAGGACCAUCCUGUGCAACAGCCUGGUGUGGAGCUGUGCGGUGACGGGCAAGUCUGGCCUGACCUACCUGGAAGCUCUGGACUGUGAGAAGAGAGGUCGUCAGAGCCUCCAGAGCUUCCCCUCAGCUCUGGUGAUCCCCCUGCUGCACCUCACAGCCCUCACAUACCGUACCCGGCUCCAUGAGAUCUGUGAUGAUGUGUAUUCUUACGUCAAGGAGAGGUUCUUCCCCGGGGAGAUUGUGGACGUUGUGACCCGCUCCGAUACCAGGCAGUUAUGUGAAAUCCUGGAUGUGCAGUCUCCCCACCAUUCCAACGGGCUGGUCAAUGGGCAUGCCAAACUUCAGAUGGAGGGGGACUUCAUCGUCAUCAGUGACAGUGAGGAGGACGACACUCCUAAAAGCCCCAAAUCAAAGGCCAAUGGCAAGAAAAUGAAAUCUGUCAACCCGUCUGUGUUCAAGUACAAAGUACGGCCCAUCAAGGAAGGCAGUGUUCCCAUAUUCACCAAGGCUGGCCAGAUGAGCCGUAAGAAGAACACGUUUUCACGAGACAGACUAAAGCUGCUGCUCAAACAGCACUGUGAACCACAGAACGGAGUCGUUAUGAUCAAGGCAUCAACUGUUGCUAAGUACAAGUUGGCAGAACAGCACUUCUCCCAGUUUUUCCCUGACCAGCCGCCUGUGUUCGUCUUCAGUCCUCCUCCUAAAGGGCGGAGCAGGCCCAAGAAUGACUCUUCUCCUCUAGAGGCAGCAGAGGAAAAGCUUCGUCUGAUGCAGCAGAAAGAGGAGAUGAUGGCUACGGCACAUGAAAAGGCCAAUCGGGAGAGGGAAGAUGACCUGGGGGCCAAAAAGAAAGAGAGGGAGGACAAAGAAAAGAAGAGGGAAGAGAUGAAAAAGAUCUUUGAAGAGGAGAAGCAGAGGAGGAAAGAGGAGAAAGAACGCAUGAAAGUGGAAAAGGAAAAAGAGAGAGAGAAGCUGAAGGAGGAGAAGAAGAAAUAUGCAGAGAGACUAAAGAUCUGGAGCAAACCGAGAGAAGACAUGGAGUGUGACGACCUGAAGGAUCUCCCAGCCCCUGUCCCGGUGGAGACCCGUCUGCCUGCAGAGCUGUUCGGAGAUGCUCUCAUGGUGCUGGAGUUCCUCAAAGCCUUCGGAGAGCUCUUUGACCUCAAGGACGAGUUCCCAGAAGGCCUCACACUCGAGGUUCUGGAGGAGGCCCUGGUGGGGUCGGACCCCGAGGGGCCACUUUGUGAGCUGCUCUUCUUCUUCCUGUCGGCCAUCUUCCAGGCCCUGGCUGAGGAGCAGGAGGAGGUGGCCCGUGACCAGGUGGCGGAGGUUGAUGCCAAAGAUCUGAGUGAGGCUCUGGAUGAUGAUGCGGACCCCACCCAGUCGGCCAUCAGUGCUGUGGCUUCCCUGGCUGCUGCCUGGCCUCAGCUGCACCAAGGCUGCAGUCUGAAGCAGUUGGACCUGGACAGCUGUACUCUGUCAGAGAUCCUGAGGCUGCACAUCCUGGCAUCGGGGGCUGACUGCAACUCUGCCAACGCCAAGUUCCGCUACCAGAAACGUGGAGGAUUCGGCUCUACAGACGACCCCUGUGUUGAGCUAAGGCUGGCCAACCCUGGGUUGGUCAAGAGGCUGUCCUGCACUGCUGUCUACGACCUGCUGCCAGGUGAGAAGCUGAAGAUCCUCCAUGCGUUGUGUGGUAAGCUGCUGACUCUAGUGUCUACCAGGGACUUCAUAGAGGACAGCGCUGACGAGCAGAGACAGGCCAAGCAGGAGCUCAGGGAACUGAAGGCUGAGCAGCACCGCAAAGAGAGGGAAGAGGCUGCAAUCAGAGUACGGAUAAGGAAGGAGGAGAAGUUAAAAGAACAGGAGAUGAAAUUGAAAGAGCUGCAAGAGAAACAUGCAAAGCUGAUGGAAGGAAGAAACGGCGACAUGAAAACUGAAGAGAUGAACACCAGCACUGAGAGCCUGAAGGAGGAACAUCAGACUGAAGAUGAGGAGGAGCAGACGAUCAACAGGACUAGGAAGAGUAAUAGCCUUCAGUCCUCUUGGCAUACUGCUAGCAAUCAUAGAAAGCGUUCACAUGUGAUGGGCAGCAAUCUAGGCUGCUUCUCCUUGAAAGAGGUGAGCGCUGAGCAGCAGCCGAGGGAGAAGGAUCUCCAGGAGCGCAUCCAGAAGGUUGCAGCCUGCACUUAUAUCCUCCCCCUGGGGCGCGACCGCCUAUACCGUCGUUACUGGCUCUUCCCCUCCACAUCUGCCCUCUUCGUGGAGGAUGACUAUUUCGGCCUGACUGAGGACAUGCUGGAUCCCCAGGAACCGACCUCUGAACAGGAGCCAGCCAAGGCUGGGGAGAUGGAGGUGUCUCAGAACGAGGCAGGAGAACCAGAGGACCUCUCCCAGACAGGCUCUACCCCAGACCCCGACUCCAAACCCAUCCUCCCAGCCCCCGUCCAGAGCAGCUCUGCUCCCCCAGUGAACCGUCCUAACCACUGGGCCUUCUACAGCAGUCCCCAGGAGGUGGAGGCACUGAUCGAGGCCCUGAAUCCACGGGGUCACAGGGAGAGCACCCUGAAGGAGGUCCUGGUGCAGGAGAAGGAACGUAUUGCACAGCUCCUCGGUACAGCAACUGCUGACCGCUACCACCAGACAGAUAUUAAACCAGAGGUUGGUGUUAAUAAAGCGGUCUCAGCCAAGUCCAAGGCUGCUUCUGCUCCUCUCCCAGAGGGCACAGCGGCUCCUGCUGAGGACUUCAUGGGCAACAGGCUGAGAGACCUGUUGCUAGAUAUAGAGGACCGCAUCUACCAGGGUACACUGGGACAAGUCAAGGUGAUGGAGAGGAGUGUAUGGAGGAAAGCACUGGAGGAAGGCCACUAUGAACUACUGAGCCCUGAGCUGAAGGGGAAUGGUGUCACUAAAAGAGAGAACUGUGAUGUGGAGAACAUGGAAAUACAUUACUUGAAAAAAAACAGGUUACAGGUGUCAUUGUUCAGGGUACAGGAACUGAAGGGGGAGAGUAUGAGCACAGCGCCCACCAGCCCCAACACCCCUCAGAUGGUCAACAACACUGUCCACUACCUGGCUCAGGCCCUGGCCCACAUCCAACAGGGAAUUGAGAGAAAGUUCCUCAAGGCUCCACUAGGUGACGAAGACUCUAAAAAGGACCAGAAGGCAAAGAAGAAGGAGAAGAAAGAUGAGGAUCAACACAGUGAAGACACACUGGCCUCCGCUCAUCUCGCGCCCCUCCCCACCAUCUGUGCUGAAACGAGUGCAGCAACACAUCAUUGCAACGGUAGUGACAGUGGUCGGGUGGUGAAGACGGUCCAGGAGCGUUGGAGGGAGUCUCUGCUGGGUUGUUCCAGCAUGUCCCAGGUCUUCCUCCACCUCUCCACCCUGGAGCGCAGUGUCAUUUGGGCCAAGUCCCUGCUCCACGCCCGCUGCAAGGUCUGUCGCAGGAAGGGAGAUGCAGAGAACAUGCUGCUGUGUGACUGCUGCGACCGAGGACACCACAUCCACUGUGUCCGCCCGAAACUCAAGGCUGUCCCAGAAGGGGACUGGUUCUGCCCUGAGUGCCAUCCCAAACAGCGAGCCAACCGCCUCCCCUCCCGCCAACGGUCCUCUGUCGACUCUGAGGAAUUGGCGGAAGAGGAGGACUCUGAGGAAGAAGACUCUGGGGAGGAGACGACAGAGGAGAAUAGUGCCGCUAAAAAGGUCCGGACUGCUGUGCAACCUCCUGUGUCUACUACCAAAGGAAGUCGGUCGAACAGCAGGACCAACUCAAGUCAUUCCACCCCCCGGAGCCAGCAGACCACCCCCAAACAGGCCCUCUCAACUGGGAAGGGAGCCGCUUCCAGGUCCUCAGGGAAGAAGCCCACCCCAGUCUCCAACGGCAGACCUCCACCACGGCCAGGCAGCAGAGUCAGCUCCCGGCUCAGUCAUGAGAUAUUGGCAACCAACGGUACCUCUAGCAGGCCAGGCAGCCAGCCUGCUCCAUCUCUCUCUCUGGCAGACUCCCGUAAAAGACCAAUCUCAGCAGAGGUCUCCCACAAACCCAGGCUGGUCCUGACUCCCUCAGUCUCAGGUUCUUCUUCCAAUCGCCGCAGCUCAGGGAGGAACCAAGGAGUCCAUGAGCUGUCUGCCUGCGAGCAGCUGACUGUAGAGCUAGUCAGACAUGAAGACAGCUGGCCCUUCAUGAAACUGGUGUCUAGGACACAGGUUCCAGACUACUUCGACAUUAUCAAAAAGCCCAUUGCACUGAGCACUAUCCGAGAAAAGGUUAACAACUGUGCAUAUAAAACAGCCACGGCGUACGUUGAGGACGUGGAGCUCAUGUUCGCCAACUGUUUACAAUACAACCCUCAGCACACAAAUGAAGCUAAAGCAGGAACAAGGCUCCGAGCCUUCUUCAACUCAGAGAUUUCUAACCUGGGGCUGGCGGACCGGACCACUCCACUGAAGCGGUCCCGGAUGUAAAGCUGACUGACUGAAACUACUUGGUCGUAUUCAUUAAUGCACACCGUAGCAAAAUGUUUUUCGACAAAAACAAGUUUCUUAUUGGACAAAUUCAGGUAGUCCCUUCCUGUUUCGCUUUUGUUUUCAUCCAUUUGUUUUCUAGUGAAUACCAUCAUUCAUUGGAAAGUCUGAACAUUCCCAAAGCAUUGUGCAGUGUAAUAUCAUUCCCUCAAGAUAAUGCAGGAACAACUAACUCGCUGUGAAAGUAUUUGCACUGAAUAUUUGAAAACUACUCUUUUCUAUUCGUAUUCACUCAGGGAAAACGAAUUGUGGUUGGAAAUGCGUGUUUUUUAACAGUGCAUUUUUAUAUUUUGUAUCUUGUGAGCAUUUCUAGUCUUUGUGCACAUACUUUUCUUCAACCAUUUCAGUUAAUUUAGAUGACUUAAGUAUUAGCUUUAAUAUGGACAGUUUUGCAUUUGUUCGUUUCACAGUAGUGAACAGUAAAAACAAAUUUUGCAUGGACUGUUUCAGGUUCCCAUCUUUCAGGGAAACACUACACUGGAAUCUGAUUUACUGUUCCUUAUCUUAUAAUUCAUUGGUUAUUUAUUUUAGUUAAGCUAAGAACUUGCUUUAAAUUAUAUUUUUAUAGAACAUGUUUGUUUUUGUAAAGAAUUAUUGGCAUAGUUUUUAGUUCAAACUAUAGAAAACUGUUUGUGGUAGAGUUUAAAUACUGAGUUUUGUCCCCCUAACUUUCUCACCUCUGCUUUUGUAUUUGCUAUCGUGUAUAUUUUCUAUAUGUAAAAAUAAAUUCACUGUUUUAAUA